UAAAAAAAAAAGAACUCCCAUAGAAUAAAGCUUUUCAUUUGCAUAAAAUUCACUUUUUUGUCCUAAUUACGGCGCAGAUUCGAGGAAUAUAAUAAUUUUGCGUAUUAACAUUAACUUUAAGCUAUUUUCCGUUGCUUAUAUAUCUACCAAGCUUUUCCGUAAGUGAGUUGCCAUAUUUACUGGGCUGGUAAUAAGCAUCUUUCAAUCAGCUGAGUUUUGUUUUCCUUUACAGCAGUUUCGAAAAGGAAGCCCUGAAAAGCCUUAGCAGACGCCUUUAUUAUUGUCAGAGUUUAAAAACGAAAGUUAGAACAUGAUGAACGAAUUAAGAUCUUUGGAGCAUGCUACAUUAAAGGUGCCAUAUGAAGUGUUCAACAAACGUUACCGCAAUGCCCAGCGGGUGCUGGACGUUGAAGCGAGACAGGUCGGUUCUGCUGCCGGGGAGCUGGAGACUGCUGCCAAAGCUCCGAGCACCGCUGGAGAGAUUGAUGUGCUACUAGGAGGCAUGGUGGAGAAACUCACAGCAAUGAAGCGUAAGGCUUCUGAAGCCAUCAGCGAGGAGUUGCAGGUGGCGCUGGUGUGCAAGAAGAGGCUGGAGCAUAUAAAGGAGCAGGCUGUCUCGCUCAACGAGCCCAGCACGCCGCAAGUGCGAACGACAGUGAACCAAUGGCGCCGCACCCGCUUGGAGCGCAUGCUGGUGGACUACUGCCUCCGCAGCGGCUACUACGACGCCGCUGCCAAGCUGGCUGACGCGCGAGACCUGCGCGACCUGACCAACGUCGAUAUCUACUGCGCCGCGGCUGAAGUGGAGGCCGAGCUAAGGAACCGCCGCACCGCGCGAGUUCUGCAAUGGUGCGCCGACAAUAAGUCUAAACUGCGCAAACUAGGCUCUACCAUCGAGUUCAAGAUACGGCUGCAGGAAUUUAUAGAGCUCGUCCGCGCCGACCGCCGCUUAGAAGCCGUGAAAUACGCCAAAAAGCACCUCUCCCAGUACGAAGAAGGGCAACUUCAGGACAUACAACAUUGUAUGGGCAUGCUGGCUUUCCCUAAGGACACAGAGGUGGAGCCGUACCGGUCGCUGCUGUGCGGGACGCGCUGGGCGGCGCUGGAGCGGCAGUUCCGCGCCGAGCACGCGCGCCUGCUGCACCCCGCGCGCCUGCCCGCGCUGCCCGUGGCGCUGCAGCUCGGCCUGCACGCGCUCAACACGCCUCAGUGCUACAACGAGGCGACGCAGGUGGCGGCGUGCCCGGCGUGCGCGCCGCCGCUGAACGCGCUGGCGCGCCAGCUGCCGCACGCGCACGUGUCGCACUCGCGGCUCGUGUGCCGCCUCAGCCGCCAGCCGCUCAACGAGCACAACCAGCCCAUGGCGCUGCCCAACGGACAGGUCUACGGCGAGAGGGUAAAUACACAAAUACCUGUUGAACACUUGUAUAAAUAGACACUGAACCACAGCUGCCGCACGCGCACGUGUCGCACUCGCGGCUCGUGUGCCGCCUCAGCCGCCAGCCGCUCAACGAGCACAACCAGCCCAUGGCGCUGCCCAACGGACAGGUCUACGGCGAGAGGGUAAAUACACAAAUACCUGUUGAACACUUGUAUAAAUAGACACUGAACCACAGCUGCCGCACGCGCACGUGUCGCACUCGCGGCUCGUGUGCCGCCUCAGCCGCCAGCCGCUCAACGAGCACAACCAGCCCAUGGCGCUGCCCAACGGACAGGUCUACGGCGAGAGGGUAAAUACACAAAUACCUGUUGAACACUUGUAUAGAUAGACACUGAACCACAGCUGCCGCACGCGCACGUGUCGCACUCGCGGCUCGUGUGCCGCCUCAGCCGCCAGCCGCUCAACGAGCACAACCAGCCCAUGGCGCUGCCCAACGGACAGGUCUACGGCGAGAGGGUAAAUACACAAAUACCUGUUGAACACUUGUAUAGAUAGACACUGAACCACAGCUGCCGCACGCGCACGUGUCGCACUCGCGGCUCGUGUGCCGCCUCAGCCGCCAGCCGCUCAACGAGCACAACCAGCCCAUGGCGCUGCCCAACGGACAGGUCUACGGCGAGAGGGUAAAUACACAAAUACCUGUUGAACACUUGUAUAGAUAGACACUGAACCACAGCUGCCGCACGCGCACGUGUCGCACUCGCGGCUCGUGUGCCGCCUCAGCCGCCAGCCGCUCAACGAGCACAACCAGCCCAUGGCGCUGCCCAACGGACAGGUCUACGGCGAGAGGGUAAAUACACAAAUACCUGUUGAACACUUGUAUAGAUAGACACUGAACCACAGCUGCCGCACGCGCACGUGUCGCACUCGCGGCUCGUGUGCCGCCUCAGCCGCCAGCCGCUCAACGAGCACAACCAGCCCAUGGCGCUGCCCAACGGACAGGUCUACGGCGAGAGGGUAAAUACACAAAUACCUGUUGAACACUUGUAUAGAUAGACACUGAACCACAGCUGCCGCACGCGCACGUGUCGCACUCGCGGCUCGUGUGCCGCCUCAGCCGCCAGCCGCUCAACGAGCACAACCAGCCCAUGGCGCUGCCCAACGGACAGGUCUACGGCGAGAGGGUAAAUACACAAAUACCUGUUGAACACUUGUAUAGAUAGACACUGAACCACAGCUGCCGCACGCGCACGUGUCGCACUCGCGGCUCGUGUGCCGCCUCAGCCGCCAGCCGCUCAACGAGCACAACCAGCCCAUGGCGCUGCCCAACGGACAGGUCUACGGCGAGAGGGUAAAUACACAAAUACCUGUUGAACACUUGUAUAGAUAGACACUGAACCACAGCUGCCGCACGCGCACGUGUCGCACUCGCGGCUCGUGUGCCGCCUCAGCCGCCAGCCGCUCAACGAGCACAACCAGCCCAUGGCGCUGCCCAACGGACAGGUCUACGGCGAGAGGGUAAAUACACAAAUACCUGUUGAACACUUGUAUAGAUAGACACUGAACCACAGCUGCCGCACGCGCACGUGUCGCACUCGCGGCUCGUGUGCCGCCUCAGCCGCCAGCCGCUCAACGAGCACAACCAGCCCAUGGCGCUGCCCAACGGACAGGUCUACGGCGAGAGGGUAAAUACACAAAUACCUGUUGAACACUUGUAUAGAUAGACACUGAACCACAGCUGCCGCACGCGCACGUGUCGCACUCGCGGCUCGUGUGCCGCCUCAGCCGCCAGCCGCUCAACGAGCACAACCAGCCCAUGGCGCUGCCCAACGGACAGGUCUACGGCGAGAGGGUAAAUACACAAAUACCUGUUGAACACUUGUAUAGAUAGACACUGAACCACAGCUGCCGCACGCGCACGUGUCGCACUCGCGGCUCGUGUGCCGCCUCAGCCGCCAGCCGCUCAACGAGCACAACCAGCCCAUGGCGCUGCCCAACGGACAGGUCUACGGCGAGAGGGCUCUCCGCGAGAUGAUGGACGAGCACGGCACCAUCGUCUGCCCGAAGACCAACGAGGUGUUCUGCAUGAAACGCGUCGAGAAAGUCUACGUCAUGUGAAUACUCCCUACUUACUUACCGCUAAGGCCACUUGCAGGUGGCGCUCGCAAGCUUAUUGAAAAUAACACCAAAAAUUUUUCAAAUAUUCGCUUAAGCUCUGGUUUCCUCGGAAACUGGUGCCGACAUAUAAGUAGCGGCCGUAAUACAGCGGUGAAUGACGUCUCUAGAACGUUGUCUAUGUAAACCAAAUGGCGCGGUUUCCUAGAGAGCGGUGAUUGACACCGUAACGUCAAAAAGCGGUGCCGCCAUUUGCAUGACGGCCGUCUUGACGGUGUCGAUAGUUUCGUGAACGUUUUAUUUGGUAGCGGUGAAGCCAUUUCUACUAAAAUCUCAAAAACUCCUCCUGUACCACAAGAUUUGAAUAAUUGAUCUUCCGCACUACGAUUAUUUUCCUCUUCUGAUUAAGUUCAUCCUCCAAGUAAAUUAUUAAAGCUAAAUUAAGGUCGUCCAUUUUCUCUUCUGGAUACGUUUCGUUUGAUCUCGGUGGCUCACAGUGUGUUAUGACGCCGUGGACUUUCCACAUGUCGUCACCACUAUAUGACAGCACCGCUUUUCGAGGAAACCAAAGCUUUACAUGAUCGGUUUUGUACCUGGACGAAAACUGACCAAAGAUGUCAACUGACGCAUCAGCUACAGUCUAAUAUCAAACUUCGCGCAUUCGCGCAUAGGGACGGCGUUCAAAGGGUUGAAACAAAACGAUUUAACCCUUUUCCAGGCAUAGCACGAUAUAUCGACCGCCAAAAGAAUUUUAACUUUAACAUUCCGAUUUAAAGUUCGAAAUAGAUUGCACUUUCGGGAAAUGUUACUUUGCCUUCAAAUGAAUCAUCAAAGCUGGAGUAAUUGGAAUAUAUUUGGGAAAACCUUGUAGAUUGGUGCGGCCUGUGAAAAGGGUUAAGUCACAGGUAGCGCGACCCGUUUCAAAUAAUUAUCGCCGUAAAGCCAUUUCACGGAUUAACAAAGUUGAUACCUAAAAUUAAUACAUAAUUUGCUUCUAUUUAUUGCUUCAACUAAAAUGAAUUGCUUUUAUUGUUUAAAUACGGGGUAAAUUUAAUACCUAAAGUAGGUCAUACAACUUUGUCGGUACUUUCGCGGUUGCAUUUUUACAAGCUUUUAUGUAGUUUCACCUGACCGUUGUCUGUGUGUAAUCAAAUCUUGCAAGUUAAAUUUGAUGCACUUCCCGGUUUUCGAUUGAGCUGAAAUUUUGCAUACAUACGUAGCAAUGCAAUAUUAUGGUGUCAUCGAGCUGAUCUGAUGAUGGAAACCGGAGGUGGCCAUAGGAACUAUGUGAUAAAACAAUGAAACCUAAUUGUGUUUAGGGUUUUUAGAAUUGUCUCAAUGAGCAAUAGUUGCCUGUGGAAAGAAAAGUACAGUCAGCGAUAAAAGCUUGUACCAAAAAUGUAAUUUUUGCCAAAAACUUAUUUAAAUUGGCGCUUUUUUCUACUGGCGGAAAUGGCUUGACAGACUAAAACUAUUCAAUCUGUAGGUAUGUCCAAUUAGAAAAUUCAGAUGUGGACUGUUUCGAGUAGAUUUUAUCAGGGUGACACAUUACAAUCUAAAUUAAUCUUUGCUGCUUGCGCAUAAAGUUCAAUUUGAUUUACGAAACAGCUAGCGGGUGUUGCCAUAUCUUAUAACUUAUUGUAUAAACUUUUGUAUUAGACGUCAGUCCGAAUCUCUUGGAGUAGCCAUAACGACGGACGUUUUUUGUUCAAUAUUUUAUUAGAUUAUAUUCGGGAAAGUUGUAAAAAUAAGGAAUCGAUAAGCAAUAUACAAAUCGCGGUCAGAAUAUCUAAAUAUGAUAUUAUAUUUACAACAUGAUUCCAGAUUUUUUUGGCCAAUUGUGAAUGUGAAGUUUAUUUACUGGUAUUGUGGCCAAAAUGUAUAAUAUUUUUUUAGUUUAAGGUGUAUAGUCAGUUUUGAGUCAUGGUCUCAUUGUAUGAACUUGUCUUAAAUAAGAAAUAAAAGGUAAUCAUGAAAUGUAA